GUCCUUAACUCGUGCAGACAGUGAUGUGGUGACGCACAUCCGAGUGUAAUUCAGGAAGCGAAGCCUUGCCUUCCGCGCCCGGUAAGUGACCGUUCCUUUGGAAGCCCCAGAACUUCCUAUCCAGGAGGAGAGAGGAGCAGUUCUCCGGGGCCCUUCCUCCCUCAGCGUCCCCCUUGGUGCCAGAACGUCUGUGUUUGUGAUUGCUGGAAGCCAGCGAUUCGACCCAGACGUCGGCUCGUGUUGGCCCACGUGCCUGAUGCUUAACUUUCCAACCACUACGGCCACGCCUCCCUCGAAGUGUUGGUGCGUCUCCUCUGCUGUUGUGUCUUCUCUUUUCUGCUGGUUGGAGGACCCACCCAGGGAAGAGCUGUGGAGAUCAUGUGAAACACUGAGGUCUCGGGAGGCACUCGUCAGAUGAGGGAUAGAGCAAUAUGAGCAGUUCAGGGAUUUGAAGAACAGAGCAUAUGCUAAGAAGACCAUUAAAGUAUACUUUCGAGUAAGCAGCUCCAUCACUGUCAUCAUGGAAAGUCUCAAAAGGGAUGUGUCUCAAGGAUAUUUAUUUGAAGAAGCCUGUGAAUAUAAGGCCAAGGUAGAAAAGCAAAGGGAUAACUCUACAGGCAAAAUUUCAAAAAAUUCUCUUCCCCAAACCACUGGUUUUCAGCAAGCAAUAGUUGCCCAUGAGGAAAUAUCCUUAGAAGAAAAUGUGCAUAAUUUUAAUGUAUUUGAGAGAAGUUUCGAUGUAAGAUCCGAGAUUAAUCCACAGCAUAUUACUUAUUCAGAAGCUAAACCACAUAUAUUUGAUUCAUUUGGGAAAAGUGUCAGAUGGAACUUACCUCCAAUUAAAACACAAAGAAAUUCUAAAAAGAAAACUUAUAAUUGUAGUGAAUGUGGAAAAAAUUUCAAUGACCGUUCAAACUUUAUUCGUCAUCAAAGAAUUCAUACUGGUGAGAAACCUUAUAAAUGUGAUGACUGUGGAAAAGCUUUUAGCCAGAGUUCAUCUCUUACUGAACAUCAGAGAACUCACACUGGAGAAAAACCCUAUACGUGUAAAGUUUGUGGAAAAGCAUUCACUGUAAAUUCAUCUCUUAUUCAACAUCAGAGAAUUCAUACUGGGGAGAAACCUUAUAAAUGUAAUGACUGUGGGAAAGCCUUCAGUGACUACUCAUCCUUUAUUCAGCAUCAAAGAAUUCACAGUGGAGAGAAACCCUAUGAAUGUAUUCAUUGUGACAAGUCCUUCACUGACAUCUCAUCUCUGACACAGCACCAGAGAAUUCACAGUGGAGUGAAACCCUAUAAAUGUACUGAUUGUGGAAAGGAAUUCAGACGCAGUACACACCUUACGCAACAUCAGAGAACGCAUACUGGGGACAAGCCUUAUGAAUGUAAGGACUGUGGAAAAGCCUUCACUGCCCACUCAACCUUUACACAGCAUCGGAGGAUUCACACUGGAGAAAAACCCUAUCUGUGCUGUGCAUGUGGGAAGGGCUUCCCUGAAAAUUCUUCCCUUACUAAACAUCAGCGAAUUCAUACUGGAGAAAAACCCUAUGACUGUAAUGAAUGUGGUAAAGCUUUUAGCCAGAGCACUCACCUUAUUCAACACCAGAGAAUACAUACAGGGGAGAAACCCUUUAAAUGUGAUAAAUGUGGAAAAGCAUUUGGGAACAGUUCAGUUUUGAUCAGACAUCAGCAGCUUCACGCUGCAGAGUCAUCCUAAUGAUGUUUCAGUUUUGUGGACUCCUUCAUCCUUUCAGGAUCUCUGACUUUUUGGUGAUAUGUCUCUUACCAUGCCACCCACUCUUCUGCUUACCAUUAUAAUCUCUAGGAAUGUUGUGCUCUGGGGGUAAAGUAAAAUAAUGUUUCUAAUUUAAGUUACCCACACCAUAGUUGUUCUAAACAGCAGUUUGACCAGACUAUACCCACUUUCCUGCACUACCCUAAUGUAGUGUGGCUGAUACUCCAUGUUCAUCUGUAAACAGCAACCCAUCUUGUAAAAUAGCCAAGAUGAAUGUUUGCCUUCCAUCAUCACGAGCUCCUGAGUCAGAUUCUCUCAGGACAAAUUUAUGUUUCAUUUCUGUGAUUCCUCACUGAUCAUUAAAACAACUAGGUAAAUUAUUAUAUAUUCA